CCUUUGAAAAGCGGCGCGGCCGAUUCAAGAUGGCGGAGGUGGAGGAGCUGCCGGAUGAGAGCUCGUCAGCAAAGGCUCUUGUGAGUUUGAAAGAGGGAAGCUUGUCCAGCACAUGGAAUGAGAAGUACAUUGCAUUAUCCAAAACUUCUCCAUGGAAAGGAAGAAACUCCUGCUCUAUUGUUGAGACUCCAACGAGAAGCACAAAGAGGAGUCGACUCUUCAAUGAAGAGGACGAGAGGCAGCUACAGAACACCAAGUCUCCCAAGAGGAACCAGCGAGUUGCCAUGCAUCCUCAGAAAUUUUCAGCAGCCUUGGCAACGCCCGACAAAAAGGCAGCCCAGAAGAUUGGCUUGCGUCUACGGAAUCUGCUGAAGCUGCCUAAGGCGCACAAGUGGUGCAUCUACGAGUGGUUUUACUCAAACAUCGACAAGCCGCUGUUCGAGGGGGAUAAUGAUUUCUGUGUAUGCCUGAAAGAGUCCUUCCCAAAUCUAAAAACCCGGAAGCUGACCAGAGUGGAGUGGGGGAAGAUCAGGAGGCUAAUGGGGAAACCGAGGCGCUGUUCGGCAGCUUUCUUUGCGGAAGAGCGGUCUGCCUUGCAACACAAACGACAGAAGAUCAGACUCCUGCAGCAGAGGAAAGUGACAGAGCUGUCCCAGUACAAAGACCUCCCAGAUGAAAUCCCCUUGCCACUAGUUAUAGGGACAAAAGUUACAGCACGACUUCGAGGUGUUCAUGACGGCCUCUUUACGGGACAGAUAGACGCAGUCGACACUAUUAAUGCAACGUACCGAGUCACGUUUGACCGGACGGGACUGGGAACGCACACCGUGCCGGACUAUGAGGUUCUUAGUAACGAGACGCACGAAACCAUGCCUAUCACUGCCUUCGCACAGAAGCAGCGGCCCUCCAGAUACUACCUGACACCACCACGGCUGCCAUACACGACCAGCGGGCAGUCGCCCAUCACAGAUCACGACCCACUUUUGGGUCAGUCGCCUUGGAAAAGCAAACUGUCGGCCACUGAAGGGGACACGCUAGGGGGAUUUCCCAUAGAAUUCCUCAUCCAGGUGACAAGAUUAUCCAAAAUUCUCAUGAUCAAGAAGGAACACAUCAAACAGUUGAAAGAAAUGAACACGGACGCAGAGAAACUGAAAUCCUACUCUGCCUCCAUUGGAAUAGAUUUUCAGAAGCGAUACGCCACGAUUGUUUUAGAGUUGGAGCAGCUGAACAAGGAUCUCAACAAGGUCUUGAAUAAAGUCCAGCAGUUUUGCUAUGAGCUUGCUCCCGACCAAGGUUUGCAGCCCAUGGAUCAGCCCACGGAUAUGCGGAGGAGGUGCGAGGAGGAGGCUCACGAGCUUGUGCGGCAGGCCAACACCUCGCAAACCGGCCAGGCCAGUGUCAGGAACGAAAGCCUCACUGACUUGAUAGCCAGGCUGACGGCAGUGCUGCUACAGAUCAAAUGCCUGGCAGAAGGAGGGGACUUAAACUCUUUUGAAUUCAAGUCGUUGACAGACUCGUUGAACGACAUCAAGAACUCUAUAGAUGCUUCAAAUAUAAGCUGCUUCCAAAACAAUGUGGAAAUCCAUGUCGCGCACAUCCAGAGUGGCCUCAGUCAGAUGGGAAACCUCCAUGCCUUCACUGCCAACAAUACCAACAGGGACUAAAGAGAUUUGCAUUAACCUCUCCCCGGCAUGUGUGGGGAGCUGCCCUGAGCUCGCCUCAGGAAGGCAGGCAAGAGGAGAGUUUUUUUAAAUAAAGAAAUGUACAGAUAAAUAGAACACAAUGAGAGGGAAGAGAUUUACAUGCUCUUUCUCUGUACUUUUUUCAUUAAAUAUGUAGUGCAGCAGCCUGAGUUUUUCAGGAAUCGGAUUUAUUUUUGUAUGUUUUGUCAUUUAAAAGGUUUAUUACCCAUGCUUUCUCAGGUGUAAAUAUUAACUGUAACUGAGGUAGUUAUCAAAUUGACUUGUGUGAUGGAUCUCCAGCUGAAUUAUGUAAAAAUGUAAAUAGUUUUUUUUAGAAAAAGCACAAAAAAAAGUUGUGACUGCCACCUCGUGAUGUGCUGGUUGCAUCAAGUCCUGGAAGGUGCUCAGAAUUCUCUCCCCCCUGCCUCGGUCCUUGCUGUGAUCUUCUCCUCUGCAGAACAGGCUUAAUAACCAGCUCCUCCUGCUACACUAUCCUCCUCGCGCAGCCCCCAGUCAACAGGUCCAGUCACUGUACACCGCCGCCACCCGUCAGUGCUCCAUUUGCCGG